UAGGACAUGAUCCAUGCUUAUAGAAGAAGAUGGUCGCAGUACUUAGAGUAAAGCAUAGCUGCUAGUGUGAAGUAAUUUCUCUUCUAUAAAUCUUGCCAUUUAAUGUUUUCUGAGAGUGAUUCCAUUUUCUUUUUCAGUACAUCCAGACAAAUUUCACGUUGAGUACUCGCGGUAACGUUCCGUUGAUUUUCAAUACUCGCACAGCUACAAGGAAAAUUCUACGUUCCAUAUUUCGUCUAGAACAAGAACAUGGACAAAAUUUCGCGUGGCUCCCACGUGGGGGAGAUCCAUAGUAAGGGGUUGCGGGUAGCACAGGAUCGAAAUCCGCAUACUUCGAACCACCGUGGGACUCAUGUUUCUACGCAAAGUACUAUCAAAUGUUAUUUAGUUGGACUGAUGUUUCUACGCAAAGCAUCAGAGUUAAGUUUCUUGGGCUAAUAUGUGAGUUGGCAUUUUCGUGACGAGAAUUUUCGUGGCGUUAGUCUGAUCUUGUUUAUGUUCGAUGAUUAUAUUGCAGAUGUACUUAGUUAGGCACCAUUACUGUCGUCUAGGUAUUCAACAAGAACAAACAAGAGAAGAACGGCUACAACAUCAAAGAGUCAUUCUUUAAUUUGUUUUAUGAGCAGGUUUUAAGCUAAAUACGGCCGUGCCGGGCCACGCGAGAAAACGGGCUUCUGGGCAGCUGCAAUUGCAGGGAAGUGCGAGUGAGUGGUUCAAGAUUCAUCAGGAGGGUCAUCCAGCGAGCAGCAGCCACUUGGGUCAGAGUUUCGUGAACCGACACAGCACGCGGCCCAUCCCCCCGAAGGCAGGAGUUAUGGCAGCUACGCGUGCCUCGCCGCGGCCUUCCGGUCUGGCGGCAACGCAUCUGGAUGGCGGAGACCGGGAAGUGGUUCAACUCAAGAACGACAAGCAGGACCACGCGCACUUUGAAAGGUUCUCGCCACGGUUUUGGAAGCAUUGCGCAGGAAACGGGCCAGCACCUCCAGCAAAACCAGUGCAAUACGAGCCGAGGACAUCAAAUCGCGCUUCUGACUGGGCUCCAGGAUCUUCUGGCACUUUCAAUUAAGACUGCAGAUUUUAUUUUUUCGACUACUUAGAAGAUGUCAGCAGGCGAACAACGUGAAGGUACAGUAUUUAGAAGAUUGAUAUGUUGCUGCCGUUUUGUUGAACACUAGAGACACUGGUUAAUUAUAGACGAUCGAAUGCGUGACGAUGUACGAGAUGACACGAGCUCCUUAUCUUUUCCAGAAGCUAUCACUAGGUAGCAUCCUAAUUUUGGUGAGGAUAUUUUAUUACAGAAGUUUGAAGCGGCAAGCUCUAACCCUCUCCGCCAGAACGAACGACUGCUGCACCACGAAAAUCUGACGCUGACAACAAUGGCCAAGCUUUCGCGGCUAAUAGACGGGCUGGCUCGAGCUAUAGCGCACAGUUCCAAUUUAGGGCAGACGACAAUUGUAAUUUGUCGUCUUCCGCUCUGAAUGAUUCCUCUUCAAAUGAGGGCGCCCGACGUUCUCUUCUAAAAGUCCCGCUUUCUUUCAGCUUUGUGCUUUACUGAGAAAACGUAAAGAGGAUGUAUGCGUCGAGUAGAAGGUAUUCAAAGGAGGAAUUAACUUUGAGAUCUCUAAGAUAUCCCCGCGCGGAGGACCUCUAGACAGGCCAGCAGUUGACGCCUCUGGUCCAGGAGAGGAAGAGACAACAAAUCGAUUUGCUCGUCGUUCCCUUGCAGAGCAGUCGCCGCGUUUCCCGCCAAACAAGCAGAGUUCUGGCAGUAGUCCUGCGAAACGCAGUCCUGAAAAACGUUCCUCCGCGAUGCGACCGUCUUCUAGCAGUAGCAAUUAUACCACGUCUUUUCUCGCUAGCAGCGUCGGAGGUACUGCGAACAAGAGCGGAGCAGCCGGAGCGGCGCCGUCACAUGAGACUUCUCGGAGAGGGUCCUCUGGGAACAUUGCUGCUGCGAAUGACGCACCUGCAGCGGGAGAGAGAGGAGGGCCACCUGCAGCGGGAGUCCGCACGUCCAUGACAAGGGUGGACAGAAGUCCAACCUUCCGCAGUAGCGGAAACUGGAUACAUCACAGCGAUGCCCCGCAAAAAUCUCCGAGGUUAAGACACACCGACAACACUCGCAAUAGUCGACCAGAGGCCAGAGCCACGGUUGUUCCCCCAGGCGGUCGGCAUUUCGAUCCUAAUGAGGGAAGGCGAGUGGUACUAUACAUCAUGACCAAUGCUAGAUACUACUCGCACUUUUUUUAGUUGUAGUGAGCAUCAUGGCUACUUCGAACUUGACGGAAUUGGAAAAUCAUUACGGACAAACUUUUAGGUUGUAUCACCGGCUAAAGCGAACAAGAUGCAGAAAAAUUUUGUGGGUGUGCAGGAUAAUCUGGAAAAAACGGGUAAGAAGUGCCUCUUUGAAAACCACGAAGCGCCGAAAUUGCAUGAGGUACAGAGCAUGAUCAAACGAGUCAGCAGUUCGUACCUGUCUGGUGGACCCCAGCCUCAGGCAGCUGACGUAAGUGCCCACCACCAAGAACGGUUGGCAAGACGGGAGCAGAAGUACCCAAUGCGUUUUUGUUGUAAUUACAGGCUUCACGUCUCGAUCAUAAAUGAAAGUUAAAGUUUUAAAUGAAGAAGAUGAGAACUCGUGUGCGCUAGAGUCUGUCGCAACGUAGGAGAACUACUCAGCGGAGGCAAUACCGUUUUUUUCUCUCUGGUGCUAUGUCAACUUGAAAAAUUUUUGUAACAAUGUCUAUCCAAACUAGGCAUACUGAUGCCGUCGCGUCUAGAAUGGACAGGCACAGUCGUCACAUGAUGACCAGUGCAAGCGAAGGUGUUGUAGCCGCUGUUGGCCAUUCCAGAUUUUCGGACCAUGCUCGUGCAACAGACAUACACGGGGGCGACUUGUUCAUCUAUGACAGGUACUUACUUCUGUAAGUGUGAUGUUAACGCUUAUAGUGCUUAGACUUCGUUCAAAACGUAGUUCGAUGAAUAUUUUUGAAAAGUACUUCGAUGCACGACCAGCUCUGCUUCCAUUCAUUCUUUCAUCAACCAUGCUCUAGCAACACUCUCGCGAAGAGUGCAGGCCGACGUCGCGCCUCGCAGUGCGUCGUGCUAGCAGAGCAAGCGGGCCAAUCGCCUAGGUUGAAUCCGGCGGUUCAGGAGUCAAAAUCGCGGUUACGUAAUCCAGGGAUGUUCCAUCCGGAGCGGGGGAGCAUGAGCACCAGUAUAUUUCCGUCUGUUCGGACCGUGGAGUCAGUUGGUGGUAAAUAAUUUCGCAGAUGCUUCAUGGUGGGACAUAUUAUUUCUUUGUUUGCUUGAAAGACAGAGGACGGAGAUAUUUCGUUGUACAGAAACAGAAUCGAAGCAGUUUUUAACAAGUUAAUAUAUGCGAAAAAUAUUUCUGGCUAUGUAUAGUCUCGAGAGUGUGAGAAAAUCAAAUAACGAACCUAAUGAGUACUACUAGGGAUGUCAAUGAAUCAAUGAAAAUGCAAAGGCGUCCGUGCACGAUAGCCGCGAGUUAUGCUUAUGUGUCAUAUUCAAUUCACCAGAGAAUACAGAUUACUACCAUACUAGAAAUUUCGUGGGAGAGGUUGUUCGAUAUUAUUGGAAUGGAAUAACUGUCAAGAAACUUUGAGUUGGGUAUUUUUCACGUCAUCCAAAAAAGAUCGAUUUUUUCUUGAUCUUUUGAUAACGCGACAUCACUAUCUCACGCUUACCAUCUAUCUUACACAUUCAUAGUGUUUCUUAAUCUAUCUUGCAACAUAUUCUAGCGCGCAAAUUUUUCUUAUCUUUCAUUCUUGAUUUUGAUUCUUUGCAGUUGAUCGAGUUAAACAUGCCGCGAGCACGAAGGGCGAUUCCGUCUUUCCUGUGCGUGAGAAGAGAAGCAAUUUUGGUCUGAAGUCCACCUUUGCUACUUGAAGUCCACCUUUGCUACUUGAAGAUGAUCACCAUUGCGGAGGUACUUGCUGAU